AUGGGCUUCUGGAAGUUCCCCCCAUUCCUGGUUCUCAGCAUUCUGGUCCUGUACCAGGCCGGCAUGCUCCAGGCAGCACCACUCAGGUCAGCCUUGGAGAAUGACUUUGAUCCUGCUACACUCACCGAGAAGGAAAUGUGCCUCCUACUGGCUGCGAUGAUGAAUGAUUAUGUGCAGAUGAAGGCCAGUGAACUGAAGCAGGAGACAGAGGGCUUCAGCAUCACUGCCCAGAAGAGAUCAUGUAACACUACCACCUGCGUGACCCGUAAGAUGGCGGGCUGGCUGAGCAGAUCUGGGAGCGUGGUUAAGAACAACUUCAUGCCCACCAACGUGGGCUCCAAAGCCUUUGGCCGCCACCAUAGCAACCUCCAGGCCUAAGCAGUGA